AAAGCCGAACCCACGUACUACACUACAAGUCUACAACCACAUAUUUCUGCCUUUUUCCCACCUUAAUCUAUUUCUUUAUUACAAGCUUUAUAAAAGAACCCAGAUAUCUUGGGAGAUCCCUCACAUUUAUCUUCUACUUCAUCUCUUACACAUCAAAGCAAAAACCGUCUGAAAUUUGUCUAUUUAGUCACAUGUUUAAUCUGUGUAAGCCUAAUCUCACCAGAAAUUAGUCACAUUGAAGUUGACACAACAAUCUCUAAUCUUCAUUUAUUUAUGUUAAUCCAGAACAUAAAUCUUAAUUAAGGGGGUUAAUUAAAUAAAUUUUACAAAUUAAUGGAGUUGAAAAUGCUUGAAGCUAACUUUCUCUCUCUUCCUAAAGAGUUUGGUUUCAGAACUUCUUACUCCACUUCCCUUGUUGGCCUACAUUCUUCUCCAAAGCCCUCUUCUUCCAAAGUAAUUUGUUCAAAGGGUACAAAUUCAGGCAGUAUUAAUAAAGUUGGCACAUCAAAUUUGUUGUUCCAAAGUAAGAUCAAUGGGAUGAAUGAAGCGAUUUCAAGAACUUUAGAUUAUUUUGAUGAUGAGUACGGAGGAGUCAUUGUUAACCCAGAUAAAUUACCCUCUAAUCCAAAUGUUUUUGCUUCUAUGCUUCAAUCAUCACUUUCUCGGUGGACAAUUAAGGGGAAGAAAGGAAUUUGGCUAAAAUUGCCAUCAGAAUAUUCUGAACUUGUACCAAUUGCAGUAAAGGAAGGGUUCCAAUAUCAUCACGCAGAGCGCGGGUAUGUAAUGUUAACCUAUUGGAUACCGGAAGGGCCUUCUAUGCUACCGGCCAACGCCUCACACCAAGUAGGGGUUGGAGGAUUCGUCAUCAACGAUAAAAAUGAGGUACUUGUAGUGCAAGAGAAGUAUUGUGCUCCACCCUUUGUUGGAUUUUGGAAAAUUCCAACUGGUUUUAUUCAAGAGGCAGAAGAGAUAUACACUGGAACUGUUAGAGAAGUCAAGGAAGAAACUGGGAUUGAUACUGAAUUCGUUGAAGUUAUUGCUUUCAGGCAUGCUCAAAACAUGGCAUUUGAAAAAUCAGAUUUGUUCUUCAUCGGUAUGCUAAAGCCUCUUUCAACUGAAAUCAAGGUUGACGAUCACGAAAUUUUGGCUGCCAAGUGGAUGCCCCUGGUGGAGUUUGUAAAGCAACCAUGGAUUCAAGAAGAUAGCAUGCUUAAGAAAGUGACUGACAUUUUCAUCGCGAGAAUGGGGAAGAAAUACUGUGGACUUUUCGCGCAUCAUUUAGUCUCCAAAUUCGAUGAUCGAUCAUCCACCUUAUACUAUAAUGUUGUAAACACUCAGGAUGUCAACUGUAAUGGAACAUAAGUUUAAGGUUCUGCAUACAUAACUGUAUGUAAUCUCAUUUGAUCAUAAUGUAACAUUAUUUGUAACUACAUAAUGAUAUCAUCUGGAUAUGUAAAUAUCUGCUCUGAUAUAUACAGGGUGGAUAUAAUUAGAUGGAGAUAUAUUAUGAUGGGGAUGUAGAUAGUAUAAUUUGUAUAUAUAUAUUGGAGAAUUUGGCUAGUUUGUUUGCUUA